CUGGCUUUGCCAGGGUGUGGCUCAACGACACAUCGUAGUGAAGUUGAAUCCUCUUACUACCGUAUUUCAUUCCUCGUCCCUGCUGCUGUUUCGGUCUGUACUGCAGUCCUCUGCUCCUAAAUUAAAACCCUUCUCUCGUAGCCUAUUACGUGAAUCUCAAAGAUGGCUGGCAGAGGCACAGUGAAGCCCCACAGUGGAUUCAAUGCUAAUAAUGAUGCUGAAGUUCUCUACAAGGCCAUGAAAGGAAUCGGCACUGAUGAGGCUGCCAUUCUCCAGCUGUUGACAGCACGCAGUAAUGCACAGCGCCAAGAAAUCAAAGCUGCAUACAAAACCCUGCACGGAAAGGAUUUGGUGGAUAAUUUGAAAUCAGAGCUGGGUGGGAAGUUUGAGAGUCUGAUAGUGGCUCUGAUUAUUCCUCCCAUUAAGUAUGAUGUCACAUGUCUGCGGGAUGCUAUUAAGGGUGCAGGCACAGAUGAGAAAGUGUUGGUUGAGAUUUUGGCAUCUAGGUCACCUAAUGAAGUCAACCAGAUCAAAAGUUUAUACAAGCAAGAGCAUAAGAAUGACCUGGAGAAAGAUGUGACUGGUGACACUGGAGGUCAUUUCCAGAGGAUGCUGGUUGUUUUGCUACAAGCCAGCAGACAGCAGGAUAUACAAGAAAACCUCAUCCAAAGCGAUGCCCAGGCUCUGUUUGCCGCAGGAGAACAGAAGUUUGGAACUGAUGAAGGCCAGUUCAUCACUAUACUGGGAAACCGUAGCAAUGCUCACCUCAGGAAAGUGUUUGAGGAGUAUAGGAAGCUCUCAGGGUUUGAAAUAGAGGAGAGCAUCCAGAGAGAGACAUCAGGAACCCUACAAGAAGUACUGCUGGCUGUGGUGAAGUGUGCUCGCAGUGUGCCAGGUUAUUUUGCCGAUAGCCUUUACAGUGCCAUGAAGGGGGCAGGCACUGAUGACAAGACAUUGAUUAGGAUCAUGGUUUCCCGCAGUGAGGUGGACAUGUUGGAUAUUCGUGCUGAAUUCCGCAAGAGGUUUGCUACCUCUCUGCACAAAAUGAUUCAGGGUGAUACUUCAGGUGACUACCGUAAAACCCUGCUGCUGCUGUGUGGAGGGGAUGAUGCAUAAACCCUGCCACCUUCUCUGCCUGGGUCGGAUCCCAUGACUCCCAUCUCUGGGGCAGGUCUAUGGGACGAGGGCCUAGUGAAACCAAUUCAGGACAAAUUACAAAAACAUGAUAUUCCAAAUCAAAAGAGGGAUCUCUUGUCGAACUGUGAAGAUGCUCUGCAUAGCACAGAAUUACUUCAAAUAAGCAAUGAGCAAAUUCUGGCAUUUAUAUUUUAUUAAAUGUUUAAUUGAUUUAGAGAGGAAAAAUACUUUAGUAUAAACUUCAAAAAUAUGAGACACCUUCUCUUUUCCAUAUUUAAAGACAUAAUAUCUUCUGCAGUCUAUCAUGGAAAAAAUACAGUUUUACUCAUUUCUUUUUAAAGAUGGAAUCUCAAGCCUUAUGAAGUUUCAAAAAAUAUACAUUAAGAUCAAAGACUUGUUGUACUCAAUGAAGCAAUAUUUUAUAUGCAUCCCAUUUUUUUUUUACUUAUUUAAUGUUUGUAUACUUACUAUCUUCCUUGACAAUUCAGUGUAUUGCAAUUUAAUAUAAUAACCAGCCUCUUAAUUGCAUCGUUAGCAAGUUUAUUUCACUGUUGGUCUGAGUAUGUUUUAAACUAGAUUUGUGGUAGUUAAUGAAGGUUAAUUCUUCAUACUCUUAAUACUCAAAAGUUAAACAUAUUGCCCAUGAUUGGCACAUUGAUGUAUAAUUAUACCCUGCAAAUAUUUGUACUCUUAAAGCUUAUUAAUAUUCAUUAAAUGAGUAGUUCACUUUCAGAAUUAAAAUUUACUCACCCGCCCACUUUUCCCAAACCUGUUUGAGUUUCUGUCUUCUGUUGAACACAAAAGAAGAAAUUUUGAAAAUGUUGGGAUCUGAACAGUUGAUGAACACCAUUGACUUCCAUGGAAAAAAAAAAUUCCUACUAUGGAAGUCAAUAGUGCUCAUCAACUAUUCGGUUCCCAACGUUUUUCAAAAUAUAUUUUGUGUUUAACAGAAGGAAGAAACUCAGGUUUUCUUUAGAAGAAAGAAAUACAGGUUUGGAACAAGUGUGUGGUGAGUGAAUGAAGACAGAAUUUUCUUUCUGAAAGUGGACUACUCCUUUAAAAACUGAAGAAUAAGGUGCUACUUACUAAAAUGUUUUAAUAUUUCAUUGCCAUAAUGUUCACAAUAAACUAAUGAAAUAAAAGCA